AUGAACUCGACAGUUAUUUCGCUUCUUAAUAAUUCUACACUGGUCACUACGGAUCAGCCAGGUUUUUCUGGAAGUACAAAAGGAACAUGCAGCUAUCCAACUAAUUUUGCGGAGGUCGAUUACAUUAGCACAUAUAUUUACCUGCUUGCCAUUCCAACAAUUUGCGUGCUGGGAGCCGGCGCUGCGGUAAUGUGCAUUGUGGUGUUCACUAGGAAACAAAUGAGAUCAUCACUCAACGUAUAUCUUGCCGGAUUAUCGGUUUUCGAUCUUAUCCUGCUUUCAUUCAGUGCUCUGAUCUUUUCACCUCUCCAAGGUUGCGUUUUGCAGGGUCACGGGGACACCGCGGUUUGUCAUUUCUUCUGGAGAUCAACUCCUUGGACGUUACCCAUAUCAAAUAUCGCACAAUGUGGUAGUGUCUGGACAUGUGUUGCAGUGACGGUGGAUCGAUUUCUUGCUGUUAACUAUCCGCUUCAUAGCAAAAUUUGGUGCACACCGCGCCGAGCAACAACAAUACUUAUUGCGAUUACGGUUUUUAGCAUAUUGUUCAAAGCACCAAUGUUCUUCGAGUUGACCAACGAUGACUGUGGUCGACUGAGAACCUCAUUUCUGCGGGAUAAUAAGUACUACAAAGAGUACUACGUAACAUUUGGGUACCUCAUCGCGCUGUUAUUGAUUCCAUGGACAGUAAUGAUUAUACUGAAUGUGUUUGUGGUAAAGGCUGUACACAAGGCGUAUAAGAUUCGGAGGUCUAUGCAAGGAGGAAAAAAUAAUCAAGAAGAAAAAGAUCGGAGAUGCACUCUUAUGGCCAUCGCUAUGGUGCUCACUUUCUUGAUCUUCAACGUAGUAGCAGCAGUGAACAACUUGGCUGAGACGGUGUUCGAAGUGAGCUUAGGAUUUUGGAGUCCCAUUGGAAAUUUGCUAAUUUGUUUAAACAGCGCUUCCAACAUCGUGAUCUACUCGUUAUUCGGAGCCCGAUUUCGUCAAAUGUGUGUCCUCAUGCUUUGCGGGCGACAAAGUCGAUGGAUGGAGUGGCUCAAAGUUGGAAGGUACCCACCUCAGAGCAUGGUCAGUGAUUGGGAUGGUAGAGAUGGUACGACGAGGAAAACUAGUUUGGACGCCAGUACUGCUCUGUUAAGUGCGAGGCGAAUGACGAUUUCGAAUUUCAUAACCUACCCGGUGAGUUCUCGCCGAUGGAGUAAACGGAGUCAAAGUGGUGCACCACAUCAAGCAGCUCCUGCUCGAAAAGAUACAGUAAUCUACACAAGUGCUCAAAACAGACUUUCGCUUCAAAGCGCACCUUCAUAA